AUGGCCGAGAAGCAAGAGAUCUCCCAAACCGAGCGCAUGGACCUCAACCACAAUGUGGCAGCCAAGAUUAUCAACCCGCUCGAGGGUUUGUCGCGGCACCAUCUACUCCGCAACGUCGACGAGUUCGUUGCCGAGAAGGGCCUGCCCGAUAACGACGCCUUCCGCAAGGGCGCUCUCCUCGCCCAGGACCCGGACAACUUUGAGAACAUCGCCGACUUGAGCGAGGAAGACAAGGAGGCUAUUCGCUACGAGCGCGCUCACAAGUGGUCGCACCCGAUGAUCCUUUAUGUUACUAUCUUCCUUUGUUCCGUCGGUGCAGCGACGCAGGGUUGGGAUCAGACUGGCUCCAACGGCGCCAACUUGUCCUUCCCUCUGGAGUUUGGCAUCGCUGAGGACGACCCCGUCCACGGUCCUCGCAACCAAUGGAUUGUCGGUGUCGUGAACGCCGCUCCCUACAUUACCUCGGCAGCCGUCGGUGCGUGGCUCGCAGACCCGCUCAACAACUGGUUUGGCCGUCGCAAGACGAUUUUCAUUACGGCGCUCAUCCUGAUCGCCACACCUAUUGGCUCUGGAUUCACGCACUCAUGGGAGACCCUCUUCGUCGUCCGUCUCAUCCUCGGUAUCGGUAUGGGCUGCAAGGGCGCAACAGUACCCGUCUUCGCUGCUGAAAACUCUCCCGCGCAAAUUCGCGGCGCGCUCGUUAUGGGUUGGCAAUUGUGGACUGCGUUUGGCUUGUUCUUGGGUUACGCUGCGAACGUCGUCGUUCAGAACACUGGCGCGAUUGCGUGGCGCUUGCAACUCGGCUCGGCCUUCAUCCCAGCUGUUCCCCUCGCUUGCGGUAUCCUGUUCUGCCCGGAGUCACCUCGCUGGCUUAUCAAGAAGGGCCGCUACCUGGACGCGUACAAGUCGUUGCUGAAGCUUCGUCACCACAAGAUCCAGGCGACGCGUGACCUUUACUACAUGUCCGUUCAGAUUGCCGAGGAGCAGAAGAUCAUCCGUGCCGCCACUUUCUUCGCCCGCGCUAUGGAACUCUUUACCAUCCCUCGCGUUCGUCGCGCCACCGUUGCCUCGGGUGUCGUCAUGCUGGCCCAGCAGAUGUGCGGUAUCAACAUCAUCGCCUUCUACUCGUCCAGUGUGUUCGCGAACGCCGGCUACUCUUCACGCAACGCUCUCUACGCUUCGCUCGGGUUCGGUGCUGUGAACUUCGCCUUUGCCUGGCCCGCUAUCUUCACCAUCGAUACGUUCGGCCGUCGUACUCUCCUGCUCUUCACGUUCCCGCAAAUGGCCUGGUCACUUCUCGCCGCCGGCCUCUGCUUCCUCAUCAGGCCAUCCACCAGCACCACCGCCGUCGGUCUUGUCGCGUUCUUCAUCUACCUGUUCGCGGCGUUUUACUCGCCCGGUGAGGGCCCCGUGCCGUUCACGUACUCAGCCGAAGUCUUCCCCUUGUCACAUCGUGAGCAGGGUAUGGCUUGGGCUGUUGCUGUCUGCCUUGGCUUCGCGGCUGUUCUUUCCAUCACGUUCCCUCGCAUGGUCGGUGCCAUGACGAUUACUGGCGCGUUCUGCUUCUACGCUGGCCUCAACGUAACGGCCUUCUUCAUGAUCUUCUUCCUCGUGCCCGAGACCAAACAAAGGACGUUGGAAGAGCUAGACCAGAUCUUCUCUGUCCCGACGCGCGUCUUUGCCCGCUACCAGCUCACCCAGACCAUGCCCUACUUCUUCAAGCGCUGGGUCUUCAUGCGCAAAGACGCCAAGCUCGCGCCUCUCUUCCACCACGAGCACGUGCAGCACGAGCGCAGCGAGACGGCGAGCCUGGAGAACGAGAAGGAGAAGAUCCAGGAGGAGCGUGUCGAGCAUGCGGCUGCAUGA